AUGUCUCUGCUAUUCAGUAAUCCUGUCUGGUCAGGUGCAAACACCGUCCCCUCGACGAUUAUUAGAAAUAUCACAUCACUCUCGAGUAACAUAGCAUACCAAGACACAAUCGUCGAGAACCUCACCACUUUGAGUUCGACCAACUCCGAUACCGAAGAUGGCAUCAUCAGAGGCCUUCUCUACGUCCCCGAUCUCGCUGUCGCGAAUCCAUGUUACCAGCAGCAGUACGACAUCAUCCCCCGAAACGCAACCACCCAGGCAGCUUUACCUCCCACAAACUACAACCUCAUCGCCCUAGCACCAUGGUUCAACGCCACCUGUACUCUGGCGUAUCUCGCCUCUGCGCGACUCGAUCCGAUCCGUGCCUUCAUUUUUUACAGGCCAAACAAUUCAACGAGAGAACCCCAGGGCGCCGAUUCGCCAAUAUGGGAUCUCGACGACAACGACGCAUGGCGGACCCAGAACCGCUUCCCAAUCUUCGCCGUUCCCGGCGCCCAAGGCAACAAGAUGAUGCGCCAACUCAGUCUAUACUCUGGAAAUCUAUCGUCAAUACCGUACGGAGACCAGAUCCAGGACAUAUAUGACCCCCACGACAACGAUUAUGUACGCAUAUGGACCGAGUUGACUGUAAAGGACCGAGAUAGUGUGCCCGCUAUGUGGACGUGGAUCCUUACGGUCGUCGGAGUCGUCAUAUUCAUCAUUGCAUGUUUAUCACUUACGAUGCAUCUAGUGCAAAGAAGACGAAGGAUAUCACUACGAAGGAGAGUGUUGAGUGGAGAGGUCGACCUGGAGGCUAUGGGUAUCAAACGAAUCACGGUGCCGAUCAACCAUGUCAAAGGUUUCCCGCUAUUUACGUACAGCUUUCAGCCGGAAAUGGUCAGCAGCCCGGCAACGACGAGACCCCCAAAGUCUGUCCGAUCUCCACGAAGCCAGCGUACCGUUUCUGAGUCCGCCGCACCGAAAUCAAGAGCCCGCAGAUCCAGCGUGAAUAGCGCCACCAGCACCGUUGCUACCAACUUCCAGCCUCAGUGCCACAUUUGCCUCGAAAACUACGUGGAUCGCGAAUCCAUCAUUCGAGAAUUGCCAUGCGGGCAUAUUUUCCAUCCGGAGUGCAUUGACGAGUUUUUGAGUUUGAACAGCUCCUUGUGCCCGAUUUGCAAGAGGAACAUGUUACCACGCAACUAUUGCCCCAAGAUUACCAAUGGAAUGGUCCGUCGAGAGCGGGCCGUUAGACGGCUGAGAGAGAGGGUUAUCGUCGUCGAGUCAGAUGACGAGGAAGAGGAGGUCAAAGGCAAAAGUUGGGGCAGACGGCUGUUCGGCACGGACAAAGCGGCAUCAUCCCCGAAGGAAACGCCGAUGACGCCCGUCACAACCUCCAGGUCCCCGAAAACAGCACAAGAGUCAGCAACCGCACGUGCCCCUGCACCGGCAGAGACGGAAGACCCGCGCAGGUCAACCCUAGAGCCGACACAAGAAGAGCAGGAAGAUUCAGAUCGACCUUCAAGUCAGUCAGGCGGUCAGGAGCCUGCUCAACCCAUAUCACGACCGCCUCAAGCUUCACCGGCAGCACAUCACGGUCUUCGAGGCAAACGUCGGAAGUCGGGUGGCCUGCGCCUCCAUAUGCCCGGUUCGGACGACACCAAACAGACCCAUUCAAAGCCGGAAGGACGUAAGAGUCCCUCCGCCUUGGCACGGGCUCGGAUGCGGGCAUUGGCGGGUACGCCGCUCGACGACCCCGACGGGCGCAACCCAAUAUGGAAGCGCUACGUCGUCAAGGUCUUUCCAGGGUUUUCAUGA